UUACUGAGUGACGCAGUCUGGCAUUAACGUGCAAAUGUCACCUAAUAAUAAUGUUAAGAAAUAUAAAAGUCACGUGUGAAGAAAAAUGGAAGCUAACAAAUUUAAACACUCUAUUAAAGUACCCACCCAAUAUAAGCGAGUUGCUGCAGUUUUGAAGACUGCUUUGGAACGUAAAAAAUCACUUAAGUCACUAAUAUUUGAAGAGAAACAUGCGCGCAUGCGAGGCAUGCAAGCGGUAUUAAAGCAAUACAUUGACAAUCGAGCGGCCAUUGACGACGCCAUUGAGCAGACAAAAAUUUUAGAAGAUAAUCCACGUUUGUGUCCUAUCCUCUGCAAAAUUCUGGUAACGGAACUAAUUUUUGGACGGAAAGCGUUAAACGGUGAAAGUAAACCCGUACUUACUGUUCGCAGUUAUCGUGAAAAACUUGUGGAAUCAUUGGGAGAAUCUGUCAAUGAAUCAAGGAAAACAAAAGGCAAGCGGUUGAAAAAAUCAAUACCUCGCUAUGUGCGUGUUAAUACAAAUUUGGUCAGUCUGGCCGAAGUGUUUGAAAUGUUGGCGGCGGAGGAGUGGCAACGAAUGGAGCAGCGCAGCUUUGAAACUUACAACGAUUUCAUAUCUGCUAUCAGCACACUUAAGGAAGAUGAAUACAUGGUUGAUAUGCAUUUAGACGACCUUUUAAUAUUCCAUGCCAAACAAAAGCACUACUGGGCGUGCCAUCAGUACGUCAAAGACAAAAAACUUAUGCUUCAAGAUAAAGGAACCUGUCUGGUGGCAGAAUUGUUGCGCCCUCCUCCGGGUUCAGUUGUCCUUGAUAUGUGUGCAGCACCAGGAAUGAAAACAAUACAUAUUUGUAAUGUUAUGCAAAAUAAAGGGACUAUUUACGCUGUUGAGCAAAACUCAGAUCGCUAUCAGAUUCUAUGUAGCAUGACCCAAUCUGCUGGCUGUCAAAUAGUCGAUGUGAUUAACGCAGACGCGCUAGCAAUUGAUAGCACGCGUUGUCCAGCUGUAGAAUACAUUCUUGUCGAUCCAUCAUGCUCCGGAUCAGGCAUGCAGAAUCGGAUGUCGCUAGACCCAGAUGAAGAAGAUCCUGCCCGUCUAAAACGUCUUGCUGGAUUGCAAAUUAAAAUGCUGUCACAUGCCUUAACUGCAUUUCCAAAUGUGAAACGUAUUGCUUAUUCAACAUGUUCUUUGUUUGAAGAAGAAAAUGAGCAGGUUGUGCAACGUUGUUUAGAGAUGAAUCCGGAAUUUAAAUUACUCAGUACCAAGAAGGCGUUGCGCCAUAAAUGGAAUCACGUUGGCAAUGCUAAAUACAAGAAGAUCGGAAAGAAUUGUCUCUAUACCAAGCCCGAUCUGGACUAUGCUGACGGGAUAUUUAUAGCAAUAUUCGAAAAGCGGCGCACAGACGAAGAUGUUGAUUGAAAACAUCGUUUAAUUACCAUGUUCAAAUAAAAUUUAAAAUAUUUAAAUUGUUUACCUCUGAAACAUAUAUGUACCCAUAGUAUAUGUACAUGCUAAUGUAUUUACAUUACUUUUAUCACACUCAAUCUGUUGCCAAUUCCAAUAACUAACCCUACUUAAUUGAUCACAUGCAAAAAAUUGGUGCUUUUUUAUUUCGCUUUGGUAUUUCUUACAUUUUCAGCUCUCAAAAGUUAGUAUUGUUUCGAUGUUACGGGCAAGGGAUUAUGUUCCCUUGGUAUUUUUCUCACAUUUGAUUGCAUAACGGAUUAGAUAGAUUGCAAUUUAGCGCCACCAAGUUCUCCCAGCAUGUCUUGGGGACUCUCCCAAACUUUGUUUGAUGGUUUGAUGGGGUUUAUGGUAAACGUAAAGCAUAAACAUCAGUCAGCCCCCACCACAGUCAAGACUACGCCACCAGAAGGAAUCAUGUUAAUAUCCGGUCCAGGACUGGCACUCCAGCAACACUUACCAGAAUGUUAUGGGGAAUAUUUUACGUGUUACAAUUACAACAAUGUUCCAUAAGAAAAAAGUAAACCCAUUAAUUAGUAAUUAGAUUACGUCUAUUUCUUCAUCACCCAAAGGGGAG